CUGCUCCUGCAUCUGAUGCCUUCAUCCCUAGAUCCAUUUAAGAGCUUCCCCCUGUUCCUCAUACACUUCCUCUUCCUCUUCCUCUUCCUCAGCCUCCCACUCAUUCCGCGUCCGACCCCCUCUGAGGCGCGUCCUCCCCCCCAGAAGCAGCCGAGGCGUCCGCGGUCGGGGCCGUUGAACCUGGACAGCGUUCUUCGCAAGCUGCAGCACGGGAAGCUUCAGGAGUUCCAGUUCGACAGACCCCUCAUCGCCCCGCCCCCCACCCCACUGGAGCUCUCCCCACCGCCGCCGCCGGCCAGUGGGAGCACCAAUCAUCAGAGCACUCCGCCGGCCCUCUUGGCCAAUCAGAGCACCCUACCUGCCAGGAUAACCAAUCAGAGCACACCACCAAUAGAUUUAACCAAUCAGAGCACACCACCAAUAGAUUUAACCAAUCAGAGCACACCACUAAUAGAUUUGACCAUUCAGAGCACGCCUCCUCCAAGGGCCAGCGUUGACCAGCCUGUGUCCCAAAGCAGCCAGAAGCUUGUGGCCACACCCCCUCAUGGUCUCCCCUCACCUCUCCGGGCGUGCAUCAGGGACCUCACACAGGUUGCCAGGGUGUGUGAGGGCGAGAGCAAGCUGAAGUUCUUCACUCAGGAGGUCAACAGCAUGCUGCUGGAUGUCGAAGUGCGGAGCAGAGAGUUGGGUCCAGCAGUGCGUUCGCGUGUCUUCACACACCUCUCCAAUCACCUGCCUUUCAGCAGAGACACACUCCUGAAGAGAGCCCGCAAGCUCACACACACACCACAGGUUGGGAGUCUUCUUGCAGCCCUCCAGAAACUCAAGGAGUCCAUUGCCAUGGCGAUGCCUGAGCAGAUCGCCCGUUUCCAGGACGCUUGUCGAACUUUCACUGACGUCCGAAAUGCCAAAGCUAACUAUGAGGGGCGAGAGAGAGAACAGGAAGAGAAGAAGGACGAACCUGAGGAGGAGGAGGAGGGAGAGAUGAAGGUAGGGAAGGGAACGACAUCAUCACCACCGCAGAAGAGGAUACACUGGAGUAAGGAGAUGAGGGCUCUCCUGUGCGAGGUUGUUCAGAUUAAGAUGGGUUUCUAUGAGCAGGCGAAGCGGCAACAGCCAAACGCUGAGGAAUACCUGAGGAACUUUCUGGAAAGUGAGGUGAAGUCACUCUGGCCUAAAGGGUGGAUGCUGACCAGGAUUCUACUGAAGGAGAGUCACAAAGCCCAUCUGCACCUCACCAACACCUGCAUCAGAGGAAAAAAGAGAUCUGUCACAAAUACCAAACUGAAGUAUGUACACUCUAAACACACUAUAUGCACUUAA